CAGUCAAACGCAAAGCACCGGCGUAUUGAGAGUGGGCAGGCUCAAGUACGAAAAUUAUAAGGUCAUUGGAAUUACCGGGGCCGCGAUCGGUCGUUACAAUGAUGCGAUAACAAAACCGAGUGAAAUAAUGAAUUAAACGAGAGCAUAGUCUAGCAAACGAGCCCCGCUUAUAAGGCCAAAGGCAGACGCGCGGUCCUCCUCACACCGCCGCGCGCGUGUAUCAGCGCAGGUAAAAGCGGUGGAGGUUUCGCUUAAGCCGAUCAAGGUGGGAUUGAAAGGAGCAGGCUCCUCUUCUGACAUACCAAGCGUUAUCGUGGACCACGGAGACAGAAACUGAGGAUGUUGCGGUUAGCGUGCUCCACGGCCCUACUCCUCGUUCUCAGGGUGUUCGCGGGUCUGUCCUGGUUCCAGGUUCUGCCAUCCAUUUUCAUUUUUUACACAGGAUCAGGAGGAUGGAAGACCCUUGAUGUGUUCGCAAAGACAAUUUAUCGUGACUUACAUGCAGCCACAGUACUGCUAAGGGUAAGACUGAACGUCACAAGGAAUCUACGCGAGCGAAACACCCUCCCUAAACUUUUCGCCAAGUCCGUCAAGAAAUACGGCGACAAGACGGCUCUGAUCUUCGAAGGAACUGGCGAAAAAUGGAGCUUUAAGCAGCUCGAUGACUACUCCAACCGCGUGGCUAACUUUCUCCUUCAGAGGGGCUACAAAGAGGGCGAUGUGAUAGCUCUGUUCAUGGAGAACCGCUCUCAGUACGUGGGGCUAUGGCUGGGCAUGGCAAAGAUCGGAGUGGAGGCGGCGCUCAUCAACUUCAAUCUGAGACUGGAGGCUUUGGUUCACUGCGUCAACAUCUCCAACGCAAAAGCCGUGGUGUUCGGCAGUGAACUUACAGAAGCAAUGUGUGAGGUGCACAGCUCUAUGGGAAAAACAGUGAAUCUCUUCUGCUCUGGAGAAUGGGAUCCCAAACGGGUUCCUGAGGGGACGGAGUGUCUGGAGCCACUCCUGGAGGCGGCCCCUACAAACCAGCCUGAACAACCGGAUCGGAGCUUCAUAGAUCGUCUUUUUUAUAUUUACACAUCGGGAACCACUGGAAUGCCAAAAGCCGCUAUCGUAGUACAUAGCCGGUAUUACCGCAUGGCUGCCCUCGUGUACUAUGGUUUCAGAAUGAAGUCUGAGGAUGUGCUGUAUGACUGCUUACCGCUUUACCAUUCAGCAGGUAAUAUUGUGGGAGUCGGACAGUGUCUGAUUCAUGGAAUGACUGUGGUGAUCAGGAAGAAGUUUAGUGCGUCAAAAUUCUGGGAUGACUGCAUCAAAUACGACUGCACAAUCGUGCAGUACAUCGGGGAGAUAUGCCGCUAUCUGCUAAACCAGCCGAAGAAGGAUGCAGAGCACCAGCACAAGGUCCGCAUGGCUCUCGGCAACGGCCUCCGCCAAUCCAUCUGGGGGGAAUUCACCAGCCGCUUCAACGUACCACAGAUCGCAGAGUUUUACGGAGCCACCGAGUGCAACUGCAGCCUGGGCAACUUCGACAAUAAGAUGGGCGCUUGUGGAUUCAACAGCCGUAUCUUGCCGUUCUUCUAUCCCAUCCGAUUGGUCAAAGUGGAUGAGGAGACAAUGGAGCUUAUCAGAGGACCUGACGGUGUCUGUAUACCGUGUGGGCCAGGUGAACCCGGUCAGUUGGUCGGUAGAAUCAUUCAAAACGACCCCCUCAGGCGAUUCGACGGCUACGUCAACGAAUCCGCUACUAACAAGAAGGUCGCCAAAGAUGUCUUCAAAAAGGGAGAUAUGGCCUACCUCUCAGGGGACGUCCUGGUGAUGGAUGACUAUGGCUACAUGUACUUCAGAGACCGUACGGGAGAUACGUUCCGCUGGAAAGGAGAGAACGUGUCCACUACUGAGCUGGAGGGGACGCUCAGUCGCCUGCUGGACAUGAAGGAUGUGGUCGUGUAUGGCGUGGAGGUGCCAGGUGCUGAGGGAAAGGCAGGGAUGGCGGCUAUAGCAGACCCAGAGCGUAACACAGACCUGCAGAAGUUCAGCAGGGAGUUGGAGAAAGCUCUGCCGCCCUACGCUCGGCCUGUCUUUUUGCGCUUUCUACCAGAGGUGAACAAAACAGGAACUUUCAAAUUCCAGAAGACAGACAUGCGGCGCGAGGGAUUCGACCCCAGCGUCGUCUCCGAUAAACUCUACUUCCUGGAUUGCACUAAAGGACAGUACGUGGAGCUGAACGCAGAACUCCAUCGCAACAUCGUCUCAGGAAAGCAGAAAGUAUGAGACCACCGCCCAUUCCCUCACCAACCCCGCCCCUUAUAUCCCCGCCCCUCGUUACCUCAACAGCCGCAGUGAGGGGCCGCAGGAACACAUUCUGCCCACAUAUUCAAGUCGAUUCCCACAUACAUCAGAGCGUCCUGUCCCAAACCCACCCCUGUUACAACCAAUAAGGGACUGAGGAGGCAUACAGCCAUUUUAAAAGCAAAAAAGUUAAAAAAUAAAGCAAUUCAGCAGAUAAAUACAAUACAAUACAACAAACAGCAAAGAGAGGCACAAGGACCAACACACCGUCUGUCAAACGGUAAAGCUUUCCCUCACCUCAGCCGCACAAUGCUUGCAACAUAAUUCAGGACUGAGUGACAAACGAUUUUAUAAGCGACUGCUAUUGUAAAUGCACCCUGAAGCCCUGACCAAAACCAUGUGGAUUGAUGUGCAAUGCGAACCCAACGCCGCCUGUGCUUGUUAGCCUUCACGACUAUGUAUUUAACUCUAUAACAUGCACCAAAUAUAUUUAAGUUGAAUCAUCUAUUUAGUCAUGAAGCUGCAGGUUACAUCAAAGACAUCUGGUACGCUAUUGCAUCCAUACGACUUCUCCUGUGCGCUGUCAGCAUGAAAGCUUUGUACUAACGUCUAAACCAUACUGCAACAUUGUGCAGGCUGGGACUAACGGGUUCGCUUUGUUCCAUUUGACGCGAAGGAUCUUCUGCACUAGCGGGAUAUUUAAAGUGAACUUUGCAUGGAGGCAAACGUAAACGUAGUGUGAAACCGUGCUGCUAAAGAGCGUACAUCUUCUCCGUCCGUGAAGCGGCACCCAGUGAAGUUGGAGAAGUAAAAAGCCAGCCUCAGAGAACGAAGGAAAAGGCAUUCAUCAACGUACCAUCUCGAUUCCAGUUUUACUUUUAGCAGCAUGAAUGGUAGACGCGAACAGAGCACUGUGCCUUACUGUCAGGUGCCCUCGUCUUGUAACAUAACACCACACUAACCCACCCCUUAUUUCCCAUCAUGCCCACUGUCUGUUAUUACAUAUUUGUAUAUGUACGCGAUACUUUCUUGCAAACUUUUUCUCGUCCACUGACAGUCGGAUUUAUUUAUUUCUAUCGUAGCAAGUAUUUAAGUGUGUGUGUGUGUGUGUGUGCACGUGUGAGAUGUUUUUGUGUGACGACACUUGAAUUUCUCCAGUCACUGUUUUGUCACCAUAUAUCACAAAUGAGGGAAAUUAUUCGACUGGGUUGACGUGCUGAGGGUGAAUCUCACAAAUACAGGUCAUAUUUCACCCUGAUAUUAACUUCUGGAAAAAAUGACAUGAAAAAUUGACUUAUUCUCAGUAAUUUAUUGACCAAAAAAGCUAUUCGCUUAUUACUGUAAUAGAGUCAUAAAAAUCAUCCUGUCUGGACAUAAUGCGUUUUUUAAACAUUAAAAUAUUACAAUUACAUUAAUGUCAACAAAUACUACUUUGAUCUUUACUUGCAACUUUCAGUAAAAUAUUUUUACUUUUUAAAUAUAUGGUGAAAUAUGACAUGUCUUGAUAUUUUCUGUGAAAUUCACCUACAGCGCUAUAUUAUAGAUUAAAGAUAUUAAAAACCCAGGGCACAGGAAUGAUGUAAUUGAUGUGAUUGGUUAGUCAGCCAAUCAGACGCAGUCGUCUUUAUCAAUAUCAAUUCAGUUUUAUUUUGUGACUUAUCUUUUUGUUAUCACUUGGAAAGUCAACGAUUGAAUUGUUGUGCUUUUGGUUGAGCUUUAUUUUCUGCUAUGCUUGUCUGUUUUCAUCUUUGUUCUGGGUGUGAGAGAGAGAGAAACAGCAUCUAACAUCACUUUCAAUGAAUUUGUAAGAUUCAUUACGAAGCAGCUCGACAAGCAUUUCUUGCUAUGAUGUCUGUGUCCUAUGACAGCAGGAAUCUUCAUUUGUAAACUUGCUGAGGCCUCUCUCUUUUCUCCCGGUUAAAGGAACGGUUCAUCCAAAUAUGAAUUUAUUCACCCUCAUCUUGUUUUAAAUCCAUAUGCUGGUUAUUUCAGUAGAUCACACAAUUUUGAAGAAUGUUAACUUACCUAUUUGACUAUAUGUUCAAGUUCUUGUUGUGAGCAAAAAGCCAGUUUUAUGCACUGAACAUCUCAUUUCUAAUGCAGUAUACAAGUUUGAGUUGAGGGUCAGUAAAUAUCGACAAAAUGAGCAUUUUUUUGGUAAAUUUCAACUUGCAUACACACACACAAAACCACAUUUACUAUAUAAAGUGAUUUGGUGCUUUUCAAUUUAUGAUGUAAACAUUUUCAUAUUGUAAAAACAUCAGCGAUGUGAAAUACAGAAGGGAGGGCUGUGAAUUACCAUUGUUGUUAUUUUCAAUUUAUUCAACCAAUGUUUAUUGAGGUAUUUUUGUUUGUUUUUUGUUUUUGCUUGGCUUUAUUCUACUCCAAAUAAGUGUGUGCAAGUUUGUGUCUUCAUUUGAAAGGAUAGUUCACCCAAAAAUUACAAUUCUGUCAUCAUUUACUCACCCGCAUGUUGCAACAAACCUGUAUAAAUUUCUUUGUUUUAAUAUAAACAAAGGAAGAUAUUUUGAGGAAUGUUUGUAACCAAACCGUUCGUGGACAUCAUUCACUUCCAUAGUAGGAAAUAAUAAUACUAUAGAAGUAAAUGGGGUUACAGACAUUUCUUAAAAUAUCUUCCUUUGUGUUCAUCAGAACAAAGACAUUUAUACAGGUUUGUAACAACAUGAGAGUGAGUAAAUGAUGACCGAAUUUAAAUUUUUGGGUGACCUAUCUCUUUAAUACCAUGCACGUGAGAUGUGACGUAGUUCUCAUGUCUGUCCGCUAGAUGGAGCUCUUGUUCAUUUUUUCCAGGCUUCAUUCCAUAAAGUUUCCUUCCUCGUGCUCAUAAUUUCGUGUACUUGUGAAUACACCAGUAUGUUUUUAUGUUUAUAAGUUUUAUAUUUAUAAGUUAAUUAUUUACUGAAUUUUGUUUCUAAUUUUAUUCGGGCAAUAGUUUGAAACCACUAAGGGAGUGACAAGAAAUGGUUUUAUCAUGUUUUAUUGAGCACCAAAGCCAGUGAUGAUUUUGUAUUUUGUUUGUUUUAUUGUCACACUUUUUAAAAGAUUUCUCAUGAAUGCACUGUUUUAUUUGGUUACUUUUCUGUUCGGUACUCAGGAACAACAUGCAAGGCAUUUGAGAGGAGGGCAAUUGUAAGCCAGCUGCUCCGUUUGUCGACGUGUGUAUGUGCGUGUAUGUGAGUGAGGGUGUUUAUGUAGAGGUGUGUGAGGUGUGCCAUGGCACACUGAAGUCCUCUCGUCUUAGACAAGCUGUAAAUCAUGCUCUCUUUCAAAACAAUGGCAUCCGAGAAUCAAUAUUAAUAAAAAAUAUAAAAGUAAAA